AUCAUUUCUCUUCACCAGCAUCGCAGCAUGAAGAUCACUUCGCGCCACAUCGAGCGGGAUGGCUCCGGCAGAGUCACGAUGGUCCCAGAAGAGGACGAGGACAUGUAUCACCUCCUCAACCUCAUCGAGGAAGGCGACCACGUACGAGCGCAAGCUGUGCGUCGCGUCCAAUCCGAGUCCUCUACAGGAUCCAUGGAGUCACAUCGCGUCCGUCUCAACCUGACGCUUCAAGUGACCAAGGUCAACUUCGAUGCAACCGGCUCGUCAGCUCCGCCGGAUCCAUCAGCUGCCAAUGCCGCAAAUGCAUCAGCAGCGCAGGAGACGGCCUCAGCCACUGCAGGGGCGCUAGGUGGUGGCGGAGGAGGGUCAGGCAGUGGCGAAGGGGCCACACUUCAAGUCUCAGGGCGAGUAGUCGAAGAGAACAACUUCGUCAAGAUGGGCGCUUUCCAUACGCUCGAUCUCGAGACGCAUCGUCAGGUCACGAUCACAAAGGACAGCUGGGACAGCAUCCAUCUGGAGCGACUGAGCGAAGCCAGCGACGUAGGAUCACGGGCCGAGGUGGGCGCCGUCGUCCUCGGUGAGGGGACAGCCGUCGUCUGUCUCCUCACAGAACACAUGACCAUUGUCCGUCAACGGAUCGAGGUGCCGCUGCCCCGCAAGAGAAAGGGUCUUCCCGCCAGCGCCGGUGAUCGCAGCUUGGCACGCUUCCACGCGCAGGUGUACAACGCCGUCCUCAAACUCGUAGCCCUCCCUGCGCUCCGUCUGGUCAUCCUCGCCUCGCCCGGCUUCAUCAAGGAAACAGUCUACGAUUUCCUCUUCGACGAGGCGGUCAAACGCGGCGAUAAGCCACUCGUUGGGGCAGAGGCACGCAGGAAGUUCCUCAAGAUUCACUGCUCGAGCCCACACGUCCACGCGCUCAUGGAGGUGCUGCGCAGCCCUGAGGUCAGUGCCCGAUUGAAGGACACCAAGUUCGCGCGUGAGGGGCAGCUACUGGAACGCUUCAUGCGCAUGCUGGCUUCGGAUGAAAUGCGAGCGUGGUAUAGCGAGGAGCACGUUCUGCUCGCAGCCGAGCGUGGCGCUGUUCAGACGCUCCUCAUCUCGGAUGGUCUGUUUCGUGCUGCUGACCCGAAGAGGCGGAAGCGCUUUGUCGGGCUCGUGGAGGAAGUCAGGACCCAAGGGGGUGAGGUCGCCAUAUUCUCUAGUAUGCACGAAAGUGGCAAACAGCUCAAUGGCUUGACGGGGAUUGCGGCGAUCUUGACUUGGCCGAUGGAUGUUGAAGAGGUUAUGGAGGAGGAAGAGGAGGAGCGCAAGAGGAGAGAGGCAGAGAAGAGGGCGGCUGGUGGAGAUGGAGAUGAGGAAGCACCACUGCCUGAGCCAAACAGAAAUCGUGCGUAGCGAUGCCUCACACUUCUGGUCACUCGCCCGCACACCUCGAUACCCCCAGCAUCGGACUGCAUGAUGUACAUUACAUUGUCAAUCGCACUAUGCUCUCAUACGCUC